AUGCGGCUGUUAGUUGGUUUCGUCCUUGUUACAUAUAUCAUCAAUUGUGCAAUUUGUAUCCCGGUGACUGAUGAAAGUAGCAGACUUCUACUCAAUUCCGCUACUAUUCAAUCAUUAUGGCCACAAAUUCAACAAUUGAUACCUCAAAUUCAACAAUGGGUACCUCAAAUUCAACAAUUAUUAACCAGUGACAAAGUACAACAAUUACAACAACAGUUUUCCGGUUUAUUGUUGAACGCCCUUGGACACCAAGUCAAUGUUCACACUCUUGCACAACAGGUUCAGAAUCUAGUAAGUCAAUACUUGCCCCAAACUGCAUUACAACGAAUUGAUUUCGACGCCGCCGCACGAGGUUGGUUCGACGAUUUUCUCAAUGUAGUACAAACUAUUGCUCCUAUUGUUGUUCCAAUUAUAACGAUGAUUGGUAAGCGUGAAGUUGGUGAUGAACGACUAGAUAUUCAGUCAUUAUUCCAACAAAUUCAACAAUUGAUACCUCAAAUUCAACAAUGGAUACCGCAAGUUCAACAACUAUUAAACAGUGAUAAAUUACAACAAUUACAACAACAGUUUUCCGGUUUAUUAUUGAACUCCCUUGGACACCAAGUCAAUGUUCACACUCUUGCACAACAGGUUCAGAAUCUAGUAAGUCAAUACUUGCCCCAAACUGCAUUACAACGAAUUGAUUUCGACGCCGCCGCACGAGGUUGGUUCGACGAUUUUCUCAAUGUAGUACAAACCGUUGCUCCUAUUGUUGUUCCAAUUAUAACGAUGAUUGGUUAG